UCAAGUUUCAUUGCGCUUUACAUCCACUAAAUUUAAAAUGGCCCGUACUAAGCAGACUGCUCGUAAGUCUACCGGAGGCAAGGCGCCACGGAAACAGUUGGCGACCAAGGCAGCUCGGAAGAGUGCCCCAGCCACCGGAGGAGUUAAGAAACCUCAUCGAUACCGCCCGGGAACCGUUGCUCUUCGUGAAAUUCGUCGUUACCAAAAGAGUACUGAGCUCUUGAUCCGCAAACUGCCAUUCCAACGGCUAGUCCGAGAGAUUGCUCAGGAUUUCAAAACCGACUUGCGUUUCCAAAGCUCUGCAGUCAUGGCUCUUCAGGAGGCCAGUGAAGCAUACCUCGUAGGUCUCUUUGAAGACACUAACUUGUGCGCUAUCCAUGCCAAGCGUGUAACCAUCAUGCCCAAGGACAUUCAGCUCGCUCGUCGCAUUCGUGGUGAACGUGCUUGAUUUCUUCGUUUGACACAACAUUACAACCGGCCCUUUUCAGGGCCACAAAAUCUGUCUCGCUAAAAUACGACUCCAUCUG